AUGUCCGAGAGUCCAAAAGACGACACCGCUUAUGAGCCCAAAAACGACUCCUCCAGUGAAGAGGAAGUUGAGAUUUCAAAGACAGUGGAAAAAGCGCCAAGUCGAAACAGCAAGAAGAGGAAAGCAACAGACGACACUCCCGAAACAAGCAAUACGUUGAAGGACGCCAAGGGAAACGUAUAUUAUCAGCUUUCGUCCAAGCGAAGAGUCACAAUCACCAAAUUUUCGUCAGGAGAGAAAGCUGUGGAUUUGCGGGAAUGGUAUCAGAAAGACGGUGAAUACAAGCCAGGAAAAGGUAUUUGCCUGCCCAAAGCUCAGUGGGAGGCUCUGGUAGAACUGCUGCCAGAGAUCAACCAGGCACUUCAGAAAUGA